UACCAACUUCGGCUCCACGAGCCCUUGUUUCUGAGAGCGACCUCGUCGUGGUGAGGUGGUUUGUCCCUCAGCUCUCGCCGUAGCGGCCGCCGCCCAUCCCUCUUUGUGUGCUCGGGGAAGCCGCCGAGCCGGUGGUGACCACAGUUGGAGUUGGGGCUCCGGCGGGGUGCGGUUCCGAGAGGCUGCCGGCGUGAGAACACUCCCCACCCAGCCACCUGACAGAUCAUAAACAUGUCGGACAAAAGUGAAUUAAAGGCCGAGUUGGAACGGAAGAAGCAGCGAUUGGCCCAAAUUAGAGAGGAAAAGAAGAGAAAAGAAGAAGAAAGGAAGAAAAAGGAAACUGAUGAGAAGAAGGAAGCUGUUGCUCCUGUGCAAGAAGAAUCAGAUCUUGAAAAAAAGAGAAGAGAAGCUGAAGCAUUGCUUCAAAGCAUGGGGCUAACGCCAGAAUCCCCCAUUGUCCCUCCUCCUAUGUCUCCAUCCUCCAAAUCCGUGAGCACACCAAGUGAAGCUGGGAGCCAAGACUCUGGAGAUGGCGCCGUGGGAUCUAGGACGCUGCAUUGGGAUACAGAUCCAUCAGUUCUUCAGCUUCACUCAGAUUCCGAUUUGGGACGAGGACCUAUUAAACUUGGAAUGGCCAAAAUUACUCAAGUUGACUUUCCUCCUCGAGAAAUUGUCACAUAUACAAAGGAAACUCAGACUCCAGUUAUGGCUCAACCCAAAGAAGAUGAAGAGGAAGAAGAUGAUGUAGUGACUCCUAAACCACCUACUGAACCUGAAGAAGAGAAAACUUUAAAAAAAGAUGAAGAAAGUGAUAGUAAAGAGCCUCCUCAUGAGCUGACUGAAGAAGAAAAGCAACAAAUUUUGCACUCAGAGGAAUUUUUAAGCUUUUUUGACCAUUCUACAAGAAUUGUAGAAAGAGCUCUUUCUGAGCAGAUUAACAUCUUCUUUGACUAUAGUGGAAGAGAUUUGGAAGACAAAGAAGGAGAGAUUCAAGCAGGUGCUAAACUAUCGUUAAAUCGACAAUUUUUUGAUGAGCGUUGGUCGAAGCAUCGAGUUGUUAGUUGUUUGGAUUGGUCAUCUCAGUAUCCAGAGUUACUCGUGGCUUCCUAUAACAACAAUGAAGAUGCUCCUCAUGAGCCUGAUGGUGUGGCCCUUGUCUGGAACAUGAAAUACAAAAAAACUACUCCAGAGUAUGUGUUCCACUGCCAGUCGGCUGUGAUGUCUGCUACAUUUGCAAAAUUUCAUCCAAAUCUUGUUGUUGGUGGUACAUAUUCAGGCCAAAUUGUGCUUUGGGAUAACCGUAGCAAUAAAAGAACUCCAGUGCAAAGAACUCCACUGUCGGCUGCUGCACACACGCACCCAGUCUAUUGUGUAAAUGUUGUUGGAACACAAAAUGCUCACAAUCUGAUUAGCAUUUCUACUGAUGGAAAAAUUUGUUCCUGGAGUUUGGACAUGCUUUCUCAUCCACAGGAUAGCAUGGAAUUGGUUCAUAAACAGUCAAAGGCAGUUGCUGUGACAUCUAUGUCCUUCCCUGUGGGAGAUGUCAACAACUUUGUUGUUGGUAGUGAAGAAGGUUCUGUAUACACAGCAUGCCGCCAUGGCAGCAAAGCUGGAAUCAGUGAGAUGUUUGAGGGACAUCAAGGACCAAUCACAGGCAUCCAUUGUCAUGCAGCUGUUGGAGCAGUAGACUUCUCACAUCUUUUUGUCACUUCAUCUUUUGAUUGGACAGUAAAACUUUGGACAACUAAGAAUAACAAGCCUUUGUAUUCAUUUGAAGAUAAUUCAGACUACGUUUAUGAUGUUAUGUGGUCACCCACCCACCCAGCCCUGUUUGCCUGUGUGGAUGGCAUGGGGAGACUGGAUUUGUGGAAUCUCAAUAAUGAUACAGAGGUACCAACUGCCAGCAUUUCUGUGGAGGGUAAUCCUGCUCUUAAUCGCGUAAGAUGGACCCAUUCUGGAAGAGAAAUUGCCGUGGGUGAUUCUGAAGGACAGAUUGUUAUAUAUGAUGUGGGAGAGAUUGCUGUUCCCCGCAAUGAUGAAUGGGCACGUUUCGGCCGAACACUUGCAGAAAUUAAUGCAAACCGAGCAGAUGCAGAAGAGGAAGCAGCUACCCGAAUACCUGCUUAGUUUGUGGAAGGGAAUGAGCAUAUAGACUUAGUGGAUUUGGGGACGAUGCUUAAAUAGAUCCUAAGACUAUUUGCAUGCCUUUAUCUAAAUGAUAAUUAAAAGGAAUUUCAUGGAUUAAACUGUGGACUUAAUGCAGUAAGUCAAUCUUACAACGUUUCUUUUUUAUAUCUUGCAUUUUGUUUUGUCAUUUUUAAUACAGUUAACUGAUUUUACAGAAUGCAGCUUUUUCUGAAUUCUAAUACACAGGUGUAUAUUUAGCAUUUGUUCUUCUUUUAAAUUCUUUCCAACUCACCAUACUGUAUAUAGUUAUUUCUAAAGCACAGAUUAAAUAAGUUCUGCAUAUUUUACAUGAUUACAUAUUCUUGUAACACUAAUAUGUUCUUCCUGACCAUAGUUUGUAGAAACAUUGUUCUUAGUCACAGCAUGCAUACACUUAACUUCCAUUCCAGUGUCCUUUUUCUGCUUUAUAGUUCCUGUGAUACUAUCUAUAAAUAAAAACAAAUAUAUGUUAACUUUUCAAAUUUUCA